GCAUACACGCAAUCACAUACACGGAGACAGACACACACACACACUCCUCGGGGAGAAAACACUGAGCGCACAUACACUGUACAGUUCUCAAAAAAUAGUAACGCACGCACGCAUACACGCAAUCACACACGCACAGAGAGACACACAAACACACACACACACACACACACACACACACACACACACGCACACGCACACGCACACGCACACACACAGACUCAUCGACGCAGCAAUAGGAUCCCACCGGCACGGAAGCGCAGCGAGCGCAAUACACACUACACACACAGAGACGGGGAGUUAACGGCGGUGCGCAACCAUCCCGGCCGCUAAGUUGGUUAUUUUUUUUCUCCACCAGCACGGAGUGAAACAGCCCAACACAACGAGAAGACAUACACAGCCACUAGUCUUGUCGUCAUCGCCUGUUUCCUCCAGAGACUGCGGAUUUUAUCCACUCUUUUCCGUUUUUUGAACAUUACUCUUUGAGGGGCACAGUCGGGCGCUCAACCUUAAACAAGUGUCCGACAUCUGGUGAUCUGCGGGCUUUUAAGAGGAGACACGCCGUCUGUGUGUCGGUCAAUUUUAUUGAAGGUGUCAGUCCCAUUUUGAAUCGCCGGGCCACUCGUCUUGGACUGAGCAGCAGCCGCCACCACCAGCACUAGAACAUCACCAGUAAGUUUUGCUGGUCUCUACCUCCUCUAUAGCGCGGAGCCCAGAGCUCUGUCUGUCGUCUCGCCUCAGAAAACGGUAUAAGCUAUAGCUCUACAUUGACCUGCAGCCAUGGAUGAGUUGGAUGUUCCUCAGAUGAAGAAAGAGGUGGAGAGCCUCAAGUAUCAGCUGGCCUUCAAGAGAGAGAAGUCCUCCAAAACUGUCACAGACCUGGUGAAGUGGAUUGAGGACGGUGUGCCUGAGGACCCCUUCCUUAACCCCGAGCUCAUGAAGAGCAACCCCUGGGUGGAGAAGGGGAAGUGCAUCCUGCUCUAGCCCCGCCUCCGCCGCGCCUUCCUGACGUCCCGUCCAUAUGACCUUCUGACCUACAAACCCUGAUUGGCUCAGCAAUCGCCCCAGUCCACCUCCCCAUGACACACACAAACACACCCACACACACACACACACACACACACACACACACACACACACACACACACACACACACGCACACACACACACACACACACACACACACACACACACGCACACACAAACACAACUACAACAAUGUCAGCCAAAGCUCUGUCCUCUCACCCUCAACUCACCCUAAUUUGUCACCAUGACGAAAACAAGCAAGGACAUGGACAUACACACACACACACACACUCUCACAUGCUCACAUGCUCACAUGCUUUGGAUGUACCUCCUCCGCCCCACACACUCACUGCAAGAAUCGUCAACACGGCGACAACGAUGUCACUGAUUGCUGCAAUGCACAACACCACAAGGAUCAGGGGCUCCUCCUGCUCCUCCUACUCCCCUUCUCACCAUGUUUCUAUAUUGAUACGUAUUUAUGCGGCUGCCAAUCACCCAUGCUUUUUUCUUCCUCUCUUAGCCUCCUCUCCGUUGUUUUUGUUCCACUAUUAACUAAUCUGCUCCUCUUUAAUCAAAGCUUCGUGUGCGAUCGAUGCAUUCUUGACUUUGGUGGGUCGUGGUUCUUAGAAAACCACAGUGUCAGGUGCGCUCACGGCCAGAUCAGAUCCGAAGUUAGGUCAUUUGAUUGAUGGCAAGGCUCACGGCGAUUGUUCAUUUUGAACGUUGGUCGGCUUGAAACAUUAAAGUUCUGCUAAGGUGCUUGCACACUGCUCCUACAAAAAUCGACAUCGGGCCAGUGUGCCUUACCGGUUGGCUGGUUGUCAGCUGUUGUCGGGGGACGUUUUUUGUUGGCGAACAUGUCAAAUCGGUUUUGGCCAACUUUGGGUGUUGGUGCUUGUUAGGCCAGUGUUUGCAAGCAGCUUAACUCACCUGAGUUACGCACCUGGUGCUUUAGUAAUACAAAUUGAAUGGAAACUGGCCCGCUAUCAUCGCCCUGAGCCCCAGCCACACACACGGACCGAUCUGUGCUGCGGGUGAGUUGCGUUUGCAUGCCUGUUGCUAGGGCAGACGGAUAUAUUAAGCUGCGUUUGUGUUGUUAGGGGAGAAUAUAACUGCUUCAUUUUUGGAGAAGUUUCCCGUAGCAACCACUAAGGACAACACACACACAUCCAUGCUUACACACACACUCACACACAAACACAAAUGCAUACACACAAGCCUAAGCACACCACUGCAUAGUCCAACGUGCACACAUGCACAACUUCUACACAUUCUCACUCCGAUUCUCCACACACGUGUACAGACAGGCCCCUUUAAAUUCAUGUUAUUUAUUCAACAACCAUUGUGGGGAUUAUUUAAUGAUUUUAUUUAUUGAGGACUCACGGUGCUGCCCUGACGCUCUUGGUAGCCAUCUUGUAUUUUAUGAUAUUUAGGCUUUUUCCUUUUUCUUCUCCCUCUGGCACUUCCUCUUUAUCCUGCCUUCCAUGAUAGUUUGAAGAAUGAAUGUCCCUGUAGUCAUAGUAAUACCAAUACUAUUAAUAAAUAUAUUAUUAAAAACACGUUAUUAAAAUGAACGUCGCCAUCUACGACUGCCUUGUACACGAUUUCCUUAAAAACCAGAAUGUAAAACAGCAUGGGUUCCACCUUCAGCAUUGACCUCAGAGAUGUCUCCGGAGUGCACCGUUGCGUGCACGCGCAUUGUUGUGGGUCUGUCUUUAUGUGUGUGUGUAUGUGUGUGUGUGUGUGGUAGUGUGGUAGCAGCGUACUGCUGUGUAUCUUUUUUUGUGUAUGUUUAUGAAAACGUGGGUGUUGGUAUGAUCUUGCCGUUGAAAAUACACAAAGACACACAUUUGCACAUGCACACACACACACACACACACACACACACACACACACACACACACACACACACACACACACACACACACACACACACACACACACACACACACACACACACACACACACACACACACAAAUGCAUAUGCAGAUAUGCACACAUGCAGCCAGUUCUCUGAAGUCCUACCUGAUUACCAAUGUGCACUACAGUCUGGUUGGAAGAUGUGUCAGGAUAGGUGAAAGAUGCAGAUGCUGCUGACAGACCAGGGACAAUUGUGUGGGCUCCACAACAAAAUGAAAAAUUGUGGACAUUUAAUGUCAGCAGAUAUUUUAGCGGGGGAAAGGCCCUGAUGUAGUUUUAAUUAUACUGGGUCCUAAAAGUAGAUUAAUUGAUUAAGAGCCAUCCCCAUGUACACAUGCAAUACACAAAUAUACACACACACACUAGCGUUCACACACACACACACACACACACACACACACACACACACACACACACACACACACAUACACACCCACACACAGGCAUAGCUAGUUACUGUUUCCAUCCAUGGAAAACCAAUGGAAAUAUCUUACAGUGUGUGUGUGUGUGUGUGUGUGUGUGUGUGUGUGUGUGUGUGUGUGUGUGUGUGUGUGUGUGUGUGUGUGUGUGUGUGUGUGUGUGUGUGUGUGUGUGUGUGUGUGUGUGUGUGUGUGUGUCUGUAGUUCCCUGGAGCAGCCUGUCCCUGGUUAUGUCCUCUACUUCCUGUAUGGCUAAUGUAUCUCUACUUGUUGGGUCUGUUUUUAGAUAACCAGUAUACAUGUGUAUGUUCUUACUAUGACUACAAGCUAAAAGUAAAACCUUGUCUUAUUAAUAUCUAGCCAUGGCCGACCUUGUGCGGGCGCUUCGGGAGAAUAUUAUGCAUCAGAUCAACUCCUAGAAGACGACGACAAGCAAUAAAAGUGAAGAUAAUUUUUUAUUGAAUGUUUUACAAAUAAAAAUGAAACGUUUAUCAAAUUCAAUAAACUAGAGGAUUUUUAGACAACCCUA